AACCUCUCUCUCUCUCUCUCUCUCUCUCUCUCUCUCUCUCUCCUGUUUAAUCUUUCUUCUGGUUUUUGGAUUCGAAGAAGGAAGGGAGAGGGAGGGAGAAUUCAAACGAAGAAAGAGAGAGAAACCCAAAAAGCCAGAGGUUUUUUUCUCUUCCCUCUCUCUCUCUUUCUCUCUCUCUCUCUCAUUUGCAUGAAUGGAUUUGGAUGCCAUUGAAUGCAUUUCAUCGUCUGAUGGGAUCGACGAUGAUGAUUCUACCAUUACGACAACGGUCCAGCAUCACCACCAUACAUUCUCCAAGACCCACCACAGCAACAAUUCCUCCAAUGUCUCUUCGGUGAUUCCUCCGACGAGUAGCGUCCACGAGCUGCUCGAAUGCCCUGUCUGCACCAAUUCCAUGUACCCACCAAUCCAUCAGUGCCACAAUGGGCAUACGCUAUGCUCCACCUGUAAGUCUAGGGUCCAUAACCGGUGCCCCACUUGCAGGCAAGAGCUCGGCGAUAUCAGGUGUUUGGCGCUGGAGAAGGUGGCUGAGUCGCUCGAGCUCCCCUGCAAGUACUUCUCACUAGGCUGCCCGGAGAUCUUCCCGUACUACAGCAAGCUCAAGCACGAAGGCCAGUGUAGUUUCAGACCAUACAACUGCCCGUAUGCAGGAUCUGAAUGCUCCAUUGUUGGUGAUAUUCCUUCACUCGUCACGCAUCUGAAGGACGACCACAAAGUAGAUAUGCACACUGGGUGCACGUUCAACCAUCGCUACGUCAAGUCCAAUCCUCGCGAGGUCGAAAACGCAACCUGGAUGCUCACAGUUUUCCAUUGUUUCGGGCAAUACUUCUGCUUGCACUUUGAGGCCUUCCAGCUCGGGAUGGCGCCUGUGUACAUGGCGUUUCUUCGCUUCAUGGGCGAUGAGUCUGAGGCCCGGAACUACACUUACAGCCUUGAGGUGGGGGGCAAUGGGAGGAAGCUUGUGUGGGAGGGCACCCCACGGAGCAUCCGCGACAGCCACCGGAAGGUCCGCGACAGCCACGAUGGACUCAUAAUCCAGAGGAGCAUGGCCCUUUUCUUCUCCGGCGGCGAUAAGAAGGAGCUGAAGUUGCGUGUCACUGGCCGGAUAUGGAAGGAGCAGCAGAACCCGGAUGGCGGGGCGUGCAUACCAAACCUAUGUAGCUGAAAGCAGGCAGGCAGGUGGGCGGGACGCCCUUCCACACGUGUGCAUUCUUUGUUGUGUUGGUGUUUCCUGUAUUUUUCCGUGGCCUUGUGUCUGUUUUUGGGUUGUUUUUUGAGAAUUCAGCUGACACUCCUUUUGUUUUAAUUAUGGGCGGAGUGGUGUUGGGAGUUCUUGAAACUACUCAUGGUUGUAGAGAUUAGAGCCAUGGUCUUAAGACUCGGACUCGUUCGGACCCGACCCUGUUCGGUAUCACGAGUCACCUGGUUUGGGUGAGUCGUGACUCGUCUCAGGGCCAAUGGUCAGGUUGAGUCGCUGCUUAUUCUUUAAACCAUGGUCUGAGGGCUAAUCAGAUUAUUUUAUUUUCUC